AUGACUCGGAGUCUUGACGAAAAGCAUCUUGAUGCUUUGAGCAUCAUUGAGCGAGUAUGCUCCGUCUUUUCGUUGCUAGGCUCCAUCUUCAUUAUCGGUACCUUUCUAUUAUCCAAGGCAUUCCAUAAACCAAUCAACCGCUUGGUAUUCUAUGCUUCUUUUGGAAAUAUGAUAGUCAAUGUCGGCACGUUAAUGUCCAGAUCAUAUAUUGGGGAUUCCAACUCUGUGGGCUGCCAAUUGCAAGCCUUUCUCAUCCAGAUGUUCAUGCCCGCAGAUGCAUUUUGGACUCUUACCAUGGCCAUCAACGUCUAUUUGACGUUUUACUACAAGUUCGAUGCUCGAAGACUGCGCAAGAUGGAAAUUUACUAUCUUGUUGCAUGUUAUGGUAUCCCCUUUGUUCCAGCCUUUGUCUACAUAUUUAUCAAGAACGCCGAUGGCCAAAGAAUGUACGGCAAUGCCACACUCUGGUGCUGGGUCAGCCGCGAGUGGGAUAUCUGGCGUAUUAUAACCUUUUAUGGUCCUGUUUGGCUGGUCAUCGUUGUUACCUUCUUCAUCUACAUCCGUGCCGGCAGCACAAUCUACCGCAAGCGCAGAGAACUAGACGGCUUCAGCUCGGCCGAUCGAGAUUUGACAUAUGGCGGCGGAGACCAUAUUACUACGCUCAAGACAACCGAAGUCUCGGUGACAACAGAGGUUGUGAAGCCCGACGGCAUCCUUUUACAGCCCAUGAGCGGACGGAUACCAGACUGCGAUAACCCGAGCGCUACCAAUGGAAACUACUCAGUUCAUAUAUCAGCCCAGCCGAGUUCUGGGGAUAUCGUGGACGAGAUGACCCCUAUCGACAGGGAGCAGACACGAGCCAGUAUCCAAGUUCCUCAAUACCAGCAGCAUUCUGCUGCUCAAAUGAAUCGAAGACGGAAUCGCGAACUCAACAACGCAUCGUGGCAGUACACCAAGUGCGCUAUAUUGUUCUUCACGGCUAUCCUGAUCACAUGGGUUCCCUCGAGUUCCAACCGUGUCUAUUCUGUUUUCCACAAACGUUCGUCGAAACCUCUCGAGUUCAUGAGCGCCUUUGUGCUCCCCCUUCAGGGUUUCUGGAAUGCCCUCAUCUACGUCGUUACAUCUUGGAGCGCCUGCAAAAACUUGAAGAACGACUUGCGCAUGGGUCAGCGCCCAGAUGUGACGGAACUUGUCGGUGGUAUGAGACCUGAAGUUGGGCCUAACCACCACCUGGGUCACCACCGACAUAGCCUUGGUCAUAUUCGACGAUCCAAUAAGUACGAGACGGAAAGUAUGACUGAAUUGGCAAACGAGAGCCGUCCAGCUUCGAAUGACGAGCGACGAGAACACGAGUCUGUAUGA